AGAAGAGUGAUAAUUUUUUCUCUCUCUGAUUCUCUGUGUUUAUUUAUUGAGAUUCAUCUUCGCUUUUUAUUUGAGUGUUUUUUUUCUCUUCACUGUGUUUUCGAAGAAGCUUCAAUGUCGUGGCCUAAAUUUCCUUCCGUUAAAUCUUCCUUGCUGAUUGAUACAUCAGUUCCUCUUGCUAACCUGAUGGAUUAUUCAAAUCUCAACAAAACUAUAAUGAAUCAUCCAUUCAACCAAACAAUACAAAUAAUGAUUCCCAACAAUCCAUCAAAGCCAAAAGAUCCAUCUGAAAGAGUUGGACCCAGAAUGGAAUCCAGACUUUAUCCAACAUUGGGUAAAAUUUUCUCUGGAUUUGGUGUAGGAACUAAAGAUGAUCCUUACAAUUAUUUUAUAGUUAAAUCAAUUCCUCUUCAUCUUCUAAUUCAUCCUGUUCUUAUUGAAUAUUAUGUUAAAAAAGGAUCACUUUAUGCAAUGUCAAUUGAUACUCAAGUUCAUUUGGAUGAUUGUGUUGCCCUUUCAUCCAAAACGCUCACCCUUUCAGUCACUGAGCAAACAUAUCGACGUCUUGGUCUUACGGGUACAAAAUCAAUUAUGGUCAGAAAUAAGAAAGUAAAGCAAAAGUACAUCAUCAACAUCAAACUAUCUUAUGGACAAGAUAUUGAGGUGGAAAAACGUGUUUAUCAAUCAACUUUUCGAAAGCUUCGAAAUAGUAAUUUAAAGUUUGACCUUAUCAUGAAAUGGGAACCUAAUCCAGCACUAACAAAAAAUCCUUCUCCAGCUUCAUUACUCAAAUUUUUUGAACAUUUAAAAUGUACUCCUGGACAUCGAGGUGGUUAUCUUUUGUGUCAAUUGGAAGUGAGCCAAAUUCAUCUUCAUCUUUGUCAUCCUUCAAUCAAAAUUUUCGACCGAUCAAAUUUACAAGCUCCAAAAGAUCUGAUUGGAGAUGAAUGUUUGCCAGAUGAACACCGAGCUGUUGGCGAAGAUGCUGUUGAACAAGAAGAUAUCAAUAUGGAGGAGAAAAAAUCAACAACAAGUAAACAAUCAACUAAAAUUGAGAAACAAGAUCCAGCUGAUUGCCCAUUUUUGGACACAAUCGAUUGGAUUGGAAGUAUUUUUUCUGGAGUAGAAAUGACCGCAAGUCUAGUUGACCCCGAAGUAACUUCAUUCUAUCUAAAUGAAAGUGAUACUAGUUUACUUAAACAAUUACUAUGCAUUCAAAUGAGUGGAUUUUUCUCACCCAAUGACGUUCAAACCUUAAUCAAAGAGUUGGCCAAAUUAGUCGAAACCAAUGACCCUAAAGAAGUACCUUUCACCUCGAUUAUAGUUAAUGGAUUCGAUCAUUGUUGUAUCUCUUGGAAUGAAACGUGCAAUGAACAUGGAGCAAAGACAAAUGGAGAAAAUCUAUACGGAAUUGUGCUUAGAAAAUGUGAUAAUAAUUCUAUUUGGAGAAUUGCUGAAGAAUAUGAUUUUGGUAUCGAAAAACUAUGAUCACAAUUAACUAAUUAAUCUUCUCUUUUUUACUCUCAUAUGCAAAUAACAGAUGCAAAUUACAAUUAGAUUAUUUUGCAUUUCUUUUUUAUUUCUAACUCUUCCUUUCUCUCUCUCUCUCUCCUCUCCAUCUCUCUCUCCCUCUCUCUUUUCUCUCUUUCUCUCUCAAACCUCACACAUUAAGACAAUUAACUCACUACAAUCAACCAAUUUCAGUGUAACUCUAAGCCAAUUAAAGUAACAUUGAUUUAAAUCGAUACAUUUUCAAUAUUA